AUGUUGACGCUCUUUGUCUUCCUUGCCCUCAUGGGUUCCGCUCAAGCCUCUGACUAUGAUUGUGACCGAAUUCCACCAGCUCUCUGGUGCCGUCAUCCGACUUUGAUUAAAGAAUGCGGAUGGGAUGUUCCGUGCAACAAAUACUUGGCAAAAAGCAAAGGGCAGAAGAUCCAACUGACCGUUCUGUACGAGGCGUUGUGUGAUGCUUGUCAAGAGUUUAUUACAGGCGAGCUACAGAAGAUUUAUUCAAAGUUUGGGGAUAAAGUCGACAUCGAGUUGGUCCCUGCUGGAAAUGCGCAUUUUAAUCCCGUAAGAAGUGGUUUAAGGACUGCCUUUAAGGGAAUACAAAUUUUUAACAAAUUACAUUUAGGACGGAAGCAUUCAUUGCCAACACCUUGAAGAAGAGUGUAAAGGAAACAAAUACGAAGCAUGCGCUAUAAAAUACAUAAAAGAAGCAGUUCCAUUUAUCGGUUGUGUGGAGCAGGAUAUUGAGAAUGGCUUAGAGCAAGCGGUCGAGAAAUGUUUCAAAAAAUUCCAGACGGACGCUGGGACGAUCGAUAAUAUAAAGUAAGCAAUAAAAUGUCACGAAUAGGGCUAUUGAAGCAUCUCAAGAAAUGUAUACACAAUAUAAAAACGUCUAUUCAGGCAAUGCUAUAACAGUCAGGAAGGCGAGGAUCUGGCCAAGGCCCACGUCACAAGAACUCUGAAUGUCCAACCAGACAACAUAGACAACAUCGGUGUUCCUUAUCUUGUGUUUAACAAUGUCAGCUUGAAUAGUAUUCAAUUCUUUGAGCCCGAAUCUGAAAUUAAACAGUGGUAUGUGAAAAGCGACAGUGCAAAGGAGACCGGCAAGAAACUUACACGAAAGGGAGUUUGCUAA